AGAAGAACAGUAGUCCGAUUGAGAACAGUGAGUAGACAGGACUUUUAUUUUGACCUGGCGUUCAGACGUCAUAAGACUGCGCCGCUCUCAUCUGGCUCAACAGAGGGAAAAAGCAACUGCUGCUGUCUGUUAUUAAGAUGGCGUUUAUUAAAGAAGAGAGUGAAGACAUGAGCAUUUCAGAGCCAUUCCGACUGAGACGUGAAGAUACUGAGGAACAAACAGACCUAAUGCUGCUCAAAGAGGAGAGUCAAGAACUAAAUGAAAUGGAGGAGAAAGAGCAGCAUGAAAUCAGAACUGGUGAAAAACUUCGCUUGCAGACUGAAAAGUCACAAAAACUAGUGCAGGAGACAGAAUCUGAAAGUUAUUUCACCUGCCAUCAGUGUGGAAGCGUUUUCGGUUCUGCAGGAAGCCUUAAAGUCCACAUACGAAUUCACAAUGGAGAGAAUCCUUUCACAUGUGAUCAGUGUGGCAAGAGUUUCACUCGAAGCAAGACCUUAAAGGAUCACAUGAGAAUCCACACUGGAGAAAGACCUUUCACAUGUGAUCAGUGUGGAAAGAGUUUCAUACGUAAAUACACCUUUAAUUUUCACAUGAGAAUUCACUCGGAGAACUGCUUUAUAUGUCAUCUGUGUGGGAAACGUUUCAUGUCUUCAGAAGACCUUAACAAGCAUGUGAUAAUUCAUGCUGGAGAGAAGCCCUUCAAGUGCCACCAGUGUGGAAAGGGGUUCCAAAUAAAAAAGAUCCUCAAGAGACACAUGAUAUCUCAUACAGAGGAGAAGCUUUUUAAAUGCCAACAGUGUGGAAAGUGUUUAAAACAUGAAGAAUCCCUCAAUUACCACAUGAAACUUCACACUGGAGAAAGACGUUUCACCUGCCCUCAAUGCGGAAAGGGUUUAAUACAUAAAGGACACCUUAAAGAUCACAUGAGAAUUCACAUGAGAGAGAAGAGUUUAAAAUGCCGUCAAUGUGGAACGAGUUUCACAGACAAAACACAACUGAAACUGCAUGAAAAUACUCACACCAAAGAGAGGCCUUUCUCCUGCUCGCAGUGUGGAAAGAGUUACACACUUAAAGGAAACCUUAAGACUCACAUGAGAUCUCACACUGGAGAGAAGCCUUUCACUUGUUCUCAAUGUGGAAAGAGUUUCAUACAUAAAGGACACUUUAAUAGUCACAUGAAAAUUCACGAAAGAGACAAUGAUUUUAAGUGCCAACUAUGUGGAAAGAGUUUCAUAGACAAGAAACUUCUUGAAAGGCAUGUAAAUAUUCACAAAGGAAAGAAGCAUUUCAUGUGCCGUCACUGUGGAAGGAUUUGUACAUGCAAAGCAAACCUUAAGGUUCACUUGCGAAUUCACACUGGAGAAAAGCCGUUCUCCUGCCCUCAUUGUGGAAAGAGUUUCACAUUUAGCGGAAGCCUUAAGACUCACAUGAGAAUUCACACUGGAGAGAAGCCGUACACGUGUCUUCACUGUGAGGAGAGUUUCGUUUAUCCAGGACAGCUGAAAAGUCAUAUGCAAACUCAUUCUUGAGAGAAAUCGCAGUGUUCUGAAUGUGGCAAGAGGUUUACAAAAAAAGAGCGAUUUUAAAAAUCAUAAGGCUGUUUAGUUGUGAUCAAUGUAAUAAAAAAAACUUAAAACUCACACUUAAAGAUACAGCUGAAAAGUCACGCAAACAAGAGACCCUGUUUGUGUUCUUUGUGUAGAAAGAAAUUUAAAUGGCUCUGUAAUUUGCACGAGAGAUUUCAUAUCCAUGUGAAUCCUAUGACCAGAGCAAGCUACUUAAAACAAAAGCAACAAAUCCAUACUGGAAAAAAGCCUGAUAAGUUUCAGCAUCAUGAAAGGGGACUUUUGUGGUGGUUGUGUGAUGGUGCCUUAAUUGUGUAAUGCAAAGCUUCUGCUUUUUGUUUCUUGUCCCAAGUCACUGUGAUAAACAAAAUAAAUAAAAUUCAGGAAA